GCGGUAGCCGGGCGGCCUUGCAGGCGGGGCGGAGGUCCCGAGGAACUCCUCGGACGCGGUUGUCCGUGGGCUCUUCUUGCCCCCAGAGGGCGAGGCUCCGGCAGCGCAGGGGUUAACUCGAGCUGCUCGGCGACGUCAGGGCUCGUUUGCAUACUGUUCUUCCGUAUUACGCAGUCGGGGGCGGGGUCUGGAAGUAGCUACGGACCAAUCGCAUGCGUCCGUGCAAAAACCCUAGACGGGGUGAGAGUUGGCAGCUCCCGGACCCGCCUCCCCACGUCUCUUCUCUGUGCGCGCCACCAGGCGUGUCCUUUCCACGUGUCCACCCGCAGGCCGCCCGCAGACCACCCCCGCCGCGCGCGGGCGACGACGCCCCCCGCAGGACCCGCCCAUCAUCCCGGAAACCCCUGAGCUGCGUCUUCCAGAGACCGAUGCCCACCCGGGAGCCCCCCAAGACUCGCGGCUCCCGGGGGCACCUGCUGCAGACCCACCCGCCUGGGCCAGGGCCCCCGGUGAGCCUGACCAGGACGGGGUCCUUAGGCCAGCUUCAGGGAUUGACGCCUCGAGGCCUCAAAACCAGCGCCCCCCGCCCUCCGUGCCAGCCCCAGCCUGGACCCCACAAGGCAAGGCGGAAGACGAUUGUGUUUGAGGAUGAGCUGCUCUCCCAGGCCCUCCUGGGUGCCAAGAAGCCUAUUGGAGCCAUCCCUAAGGGGCAUACGCCUAGGCCCCACCCAGUGCCCGACUAUGAGCUUAAGUACCCACCGGUGAGCAGUGCGAGGGAACGGAGCCGAUAUGCCGCAGUGUUCCAGGACCUGUACGGAGAGUACUUGGAGCUCCAGCGGGAGGUGGGGUGCGCACAGGCAAAGCUCAGGCAGCUGGAGGCCCGGCUGAGCUCCCUGCCCCCACCCCAAAGCCAGAAGGAGGCCCAAGUUGCAGUCCGAGUUUGGAGGGAGUUUGAGAAGAAACAAACGGAUCCUGGCUUCCUGGACAAGCAGGCUCGCUGCCACUACCUGAAGGGUAAACUGAGGCAUCUCAAGACCCAGAUCCAGAAGUUCGAUGACCGAAGAGACAGUGAGGGCUCUGUGUACUUCUGAGUGCCCCUGCAGACAGGCAGAGGGACACGUGGGAAUGCAGGUUCCUGGCUUUACUUGGUAUCUCUCAGCCUUUCCUCUUGCAGUUCCCCCUACCAGGGGUAGCUUUCUCAGCAACUGCAAAUGCCUCUUCAUUUUGGACUCAGCUUUGACAGCCCCUCCUCCAGGCAGGCCUCCCAGGACUUCCUUCUCUAGGACCUCUAGCUCUGACCCUACAGGGACUCCAGAUCUCAACCUGUUCCCUGGAAGUAGGUCCUGCUCUCCAUUUCAGUGAAAUAAACAUGUAUUAGACACCUA